AUGGCCGAACACGUUGCAGCGGUGCGGAGAAAUGACGCCAGCUCCCAAAUUGCGGCUCAUUCAACGAAUUUCGGCCACACAUUCAAAUUCGAUGAGGCCGAAAUUCUCGCAAGUGGCGACAACCGCGUGAGCCGGGAGCUGCUUGAAUCAUGGUUUAUUGACCCCCAGUCCAUUAACAAGUGCAAUGAACUUCCCCUUCCAAACUACGUGUUGAGACUUCGCCUAGGCGGAGCAAUUAGCCACGCCCGGAGCGCACAUGUGAACACUUGCCCCAACACCAGGGUCGGUGCGUCAGAUAGUCGAGCCAUCAUCACAUCAACAUCCAACGCACGUGAUGAGAUUGCAGCAAUUAACGACGCCAAUGUCAGCCAUCAAACAAUUAGCACACCAAGUGAGACGAUCGCGGAUGAAGGGGGGGGGGGGAGUCGUGAGUGUUCAUGGGUAUGCGGUAGCAUGGCCACUGCAUCUUAUAAAUACUGCAGCCCCUUGUGCGCGAAUCACCCGUAUCUGCUGUUAUCUCUGAUGAUGGAUUCGAACAGGAAUCCGGAACGUCAGGCUAAUAAAGCCCUUGUCCCAGAGAUCGUUCCUCCUUCUUCAAAACCCCCUAAGAUUUAUGGUCUGUCAAUGAUUCACAAGUCUGUUGAUAUGUACUUUCUUUGAUACUGUAGCGCAUGUUUUUGAUAAGAUUCUUAUGUGGAACUUAAAGCCAGAUGUGUAGAGGUUGUCUUAAAACUACAGAUACUGGCCUACCUCCUAAAUUGUUAACCUGUGAAGACCAUACUCCGUAAAAAGUGACUUUGGCAGGUCCUUGUCAACUAUCGUAGCCUCGUCUGCGUAGAUGUUAACGCCGACACCCCGCCGCACCAUACGCUCUCCCCAGCCCACUCGUUUCGCACCUACAUGUCUUGUCCUUAGUGUAGGAUUUGAUCACCGGAUACAGUAUGGGGUCCCCUGCCGUCGGAAGACCCUCAGCGUUGAACUGGUCGGAAUUUUCCAUCAUAUCACGUCGUCUCCCUGGGGUGUUCACAGGUCGGGCCCCAUUACUUCGAGUUCCUGUGCAUGAAUUCCCGGUUCCGCGAAGUCUUCCAAAUCUCAAAGAAUGCUAGUAUUCCACGACAUGCUCUAUCUCGUCACAUGAAGCCUAUGUCUCGUUGGCCUGUUAGAGCAGUGCGCAUUCGUCGAAACCCAUCAUAAGCAACAGUUUCAGGAACUGCGGCCAGCGUUUAUCACGUACCGCCUUUCCAACGAAAUUGUUCUCAUGCACUAACGCAUCACACGGGCUUAUUUGAGUCUAUGCGUUUAUUUUACAAUGGCUACCGUUGUAUACUGUCGCUGUAUUAAAACUGGCCCACCUGGAACCAUUGAAACGUAUCAAACGUCAUCGUUUGUUGAGUCGUCAAUCAGUUGGGCUAACUCCAUCCUCACCCGAACGAGGUCCAGACUGUAACAGCUUGUUAUUAACAGGACUUUCACAACACAUAUCACCUUUGCGCGAUCUGACGGUGUGCGACAGGUGUCAGACGCCCGAUUCUACAAAAAUGAGAUAAGUCACUUGACGGUGAUCAAGGUCGAUUUACUGCGUUGUGCUAUCACAUUCCGAGAACUACCAUCCCCCUCAACCCUAACCGUCCAUAUGAGAUCCGUACCGAAAUUUCGGUCGCCGAACUCGCCUGUGACGCUCAAUCAUAUCUCUAAUCUGCUGGAAAAGCUGCUUUUCACGCCGACGCCGCUUGUCUCGAAGAUGGACGUACCUACACCCCAUUUGUGGAUCCAGAGCAUUCUUAAAACCAUCAUGUUAGUGCUCGUUUGAAAGGGUUUUUUGGUAGGAGGUGGGGUGGGGUAUAAUUUACAAAGCCGUCAAAACGGCUUCCACGUGUGAUCAUGGCAUCUGGUAUGUUGUACAUACCACGCGCGAUCUCAUUACUCAUUGUUUGACAUGUCCGGAUAGUCGGUUAAUGUAUGGAGGAGGGGAGGCAGAAUGAGACCGACAUUGGAGACUGCAUCCUUAAAUGCGUGUGCUGCGCUUGCACCUCUCAUGACCUGUCACUACUCCUGGCUUGAAAUGUUCACAACUGACGAGAUAUAAUCGUCCCUAUCAGGACUGCGAGUCGGGCUGCACUAAUUCCUUGUCCUUGUGGCUUUUAUGGCACCCCCACCGAUGUGAGACCCCGGCUGCCUGGUACAAGUAUUGAAGACUAAAUGGCCGGAUGUGGUUAUGUAGCCCCACCUGAAGUAAACAAAACCCCGUCACAUCUAAUACGAGCCCGGUAGCAAUAGGGGUUUUUGCAGGUGAGGCCUAGGGACGACGAGGUCAAGUAGUUGUAUGCAAAAGAAAAGCUAUAGGGAAUGCGCGGUUGUGCUUUGAACGGUUGAGAAAUAGUUGCGCUAACCCCUAACCUUAGUCCCUAACUACAGCCUCUAAUCCUAACCCCUAGCCAUAACCCCUAACCCCGCUCUCAUUAGUAGUGUGUCCGGUGGUACCGAGAAAGACAAAGGAGACCGGAAUGGCCAUUUCUGACUUAUAAGCCGUCAUCAGUCAGUCAUUCCCACCCCAAGUGUGGAUCACUUGGAAUUCAAAGCCGGGAUCUUUGGUCAUGGAGUUUGCACUCUACCAUUGAGCCAGGGGUCCGUUGUCCUGUCGGUUGUGUCGGUACCACCUAUGUUACAUCUACUACAAGUCGCUGCGCGACUGCUUGCGAGGGUUCUAACAUGAGCCCCAAGGCACAACUGAACGAGCAUGUUCCGUAACCUGAUCGGCGAGCGCCCACUGUCAUAAUUAAUAUUCCCGAUCACAACCGACAGGACAACGGGCCCGUGGCUCAAUGGUAGAGCGUCAAACUCCAUGACCAAAGAUCCCGGGUUCGCAUCUUAAGUGAUCCCCACUUGGGGUUGGGUAUGACUGGCUGAUGACGGCUAAUAGGCCAGAAAUGGCCAUUCCGGUCUCCCUUGUCUUUGUCGGUAUCACCUUCUCAACAUAUAUCACUAGUCGCUGUGCGACUGCCUGCGAGGGUACUAGUGGGAGCUCCAAGGCACAACGGAACGAGCAUGUCCUGUAACGUUAUCGGCGAGCGCCCACUGUCACAGUAGUGUGCCCAUCCGGUGUGGCCACCAAAUCACAUCUUACAGACUAAACUGUAAGUGACACGUGGUUACGGGCUGUUUAUCUUUGCCGGACACUUCACCCACGCCCAAUUCCGCGCGUCAUUAUACUGUCCUGACGCCCGAACAAGGCAAGGGAGGGGGAUGACAGUGCAGUUGGGGCUGCGCAGAUCCGCCUCAUUAUAAAGUAAUCUACUCGAAAGAUUGGUGGAGUUCACGCACUGGUAUACUGUCACUGGGACCAGGCAGCGUUUAUAAUGCCAGAAAACAAGAGAAACCGCUCUUCUUCCUUUCAACCAAGUAUAUUAGCGUCGCGGGCUUUGGUCUAUAUCACAUCCACGUGGAUUUACUUGGGCCGUUACUCCAUUCUCAUGGACAGGCGCAUACCCUAACAGCCACUGACCGUUUCAUGCGAUGACCGAAUGCUGUUCCUACGUCGGAUGCUUCCCCAAAAGAGUCGAUAUGCUGCCUUCUUACUCCACUUAGAGUUGGGACUACACACAGGUCGGAGGCAACCAUUAGGCGCCAUGUCAUGAGGCCUAAAGACCCAGUGCUACGGCAGGAAAAGUCUGAAGUCGUUUACCGCAUCUGGUGCAGUUGUGGACAAAGCAUUUAUGUCGGAGAAACUGGAAGAUUACUCCGGACGCUCGUGGCCGAGCACGCAGCAGCGAUGAGGGAAAGAACAUCGGCUCUCAGAGGGCAGCUCAUUCCACAGAAUCCUGCCAUAUUUUCAAGUUUCAAGAGGCCGAAAUCCUCGCAAGGGGUGACAACCGCGUGAGCCGCGAGCUCCUCGAAUCAUGGUUCUCAGGCCCGCAAUCCACCAACAAGCGCAAUGAUCUCUCGGUACCCAGUGGUGAAACAUUCACUGAGCAGGGAAAUCAGUCACGUGGGGAGGGCGCUCGGGCGAGCAAUGAUCCCAGUGACAGCGAAUCGAAUUGCCGAAUGAUCAUCACGUCCAAAUCCAACACGGAUGAUGAAAUCGUGGCCAUUAAUGACUCGGACGCGGACUGA